GGGAGACCAGAUAUAGUGAAUGCAGGGUCCGGGGAGACCAGAUAUAGUGAAUGCAGGGUCCGGGGGAGACCAGAUAUAGUGAAUGCAGGGUCCAGGGGAGACCAGAUAUAGUGAAUGCAGGGUCCGGGGAGGGGAGACCAGAUAUAGUGAAUGCAGGGUCCGGGGAGACCGGAUAUAGUGAAUGCAGGGUCCGGGGAGACCAGAUAUAGUGAAUGCAGGGUCCGGGGAGACCAGAUAUAGUGAAUGCAGGGUCUGGGGGGAUCAGAUAUAGUGAAUGCAGGGUCCGGGGAGACCAGUUAUAGUGAAUGCAGGGUCUGGGGAGACCCGAUAUAGUGAAUGCAGGGUCCGGGGAGACCCGAUAUAGUGAAU